AUGGCCGCACAAGAUGAAGUCAUCGUUGAUCUGCGACGCCCAUUUGGGGCAUCUGCAUCUACAGUGCAUCCAAUCCGUACUACUCAGCCGAAUCCCGAUCCUCAUCCACCAGUGGAAAAUCCCCAGGUCCCGGAUCCCCAAGAGGUGUUUCUACAGGCUCCAUCUCAUAGGCCCUUGGCACAACCCCAAGGGGAACUCCUUCCCUUUGACAUCAACGAUGAUCUAGCCAUGAUAAAAAUUACCAGGCUAGAGAAAGCAAUGAAAAAAUCCCAAGGCUUCAAUUCCAUUCAUGAUAUUGAAGAUGGGUACACUGAGGCUUUAGUCAGACUACCGGAGAAGUUUAAAAUGCCCCACAUCGACUGGUUCGAUGGCAGUGGGGAUCCAAUUGUGCAUGUCCGGUUGUUUUUAGAUGUGCUGAGGCCUAUGGGUUUAUCUAGGGCACAGAAGCUCUCAUUGUUUGGGAGGACCCUAUCUGAUGUAGCGGCCAUCUGGUAUGCCAAAUUGGAGAACUCUACAAAACGGAACUGGGAGGAGCUAUCUGAAACAUUUGUUAACCAAUACUCAUAUAAUACCCAGAUAGAAGUAACCGUUAGUGAGCUGGAGGCCACUACUCAGAAUCCCAAGGAGUCAUUUAUUGAUUUUGCCGCCAGAUGGAGAGCCAAGGCAGCCCGGAUGACAGACCGACCUACGGAAAGAGAACAAGUCUGA